CAAGCAUGGUUGCGUGACGGCGCCAUCUCUGGCUCUCGAGCUGAGGGGGAGCGUAUUCGUACCUGACAUCUCUCGGCCCUAAGUCUUGGAUCUCUUUCAGUUCUCAUCGCGAAUGCCCGAACAUUUGCUGUCGAUAGCAGAGUGACGCUUACGAUGGAAUCUUCGCUCCUGUCCCCUCACACUUAUACUGGCGGUAAAAGGAAGAAAAUUACCUUCUUCACCAGCAGUGAAUAUGGCCAGGCCAAUGUCAUUCUGGCGGUCGUUUAUGAAUUGCUGCUUCUCCAAGCAUAUGAAAUCGAUAUAGCUUCUUUUGCACCUCUCAAGAACCGCAUUCAGGACAUCAAUGCCUUGGUCUCAAACAAUUCUUCCCCAGCUAGAUUCCAUACUGUCACAGGACUAUCCGCUCUGGAGGCACUCACCGCGAAGAAGGAGUUCAUAGGUCCCUAUCGUCCUGGGAUAAGAGGAGCUUCGGAUACUUAUAGAGUCACCCUGCCUGCGAUAGCCACGACCUGGGAUGAAAAUGACUACAUGACGGGACUAGAAAGCUGCAUCAACAUUUUGCGCUCCAUUUCGUCAGAUCUCAUUGUGGUCGAUCCACUUAUGAGCCAGGGCUUAGAAGCAUGCAAAGCGCUGUCGCGAAAUUACGUGGUACUAAGUCCGAAUACUUUCCAGGAGAUCUGCAAGAAGCAACAGCCACUGUUUACUCAGCUGUGUAGAUGGCCAGCUGUUUCUUCGGCCUUUCGGUAUCCAGUACCGUGGUACCUUAUUCCAGCGAAUAUCUAUCUCAAGUUCCUGCUGUUGUGGAUUCUGAUUACGUCUCCAAAAGUAAAAGGUUUGAUCAAUUGGCGGCAAUCGCGUGGGCUGCCCAAACUCCCUCCAGUCUUCAACAUCUGGGAGAAAGAGAACAAGUACCUGGUAGUAUCGGUCCCUGAAACCGAAUAUCCGUGUUAUGUUCCCCCGAAUGUCAUUCCAUGUGGUCCUAUUCUUCUGCCUGUGCGGCCAGUUUCAGAACACGAUCCGAAGCUUCAAGCUUGGCUGGAAGGCGCACCAACAAUCAUGAUCAAUCUUGGAUCGCACAUCCGAAUGGAUGAUCAGAUGGCACAGCAAUUCGCCUCGGGUCUGAAAAUCGUACUUCACCAGAUGCCAGGUAUCCAAAUUCUGUGGAAGCUCAAAACCUCCGGCGGUCUCGCAGUUUCAUCUGAUGCCAAGACAACGAGUGGCUUUUCUGGCACGGGAAUCAAAAAGGAGUCACUGGAAGCAAUUGAACCGUGGAUCUUGAGUGGCAGUGUGAAAGUACUUGAAUGGCUUUCUGUUGAUCCAAUGGCAGUCUUGCAAAGUGGGAAUAUAGUCUGUUCGGUGCAUCAUGGCGGUUCCAACUCGUUCCAUGAAGCGUUAAGUGCGGGUGUCCCUCAGGUCAUUCUCCCAUGUUGGCUCGAUACUUUGGAUUUUGCCAACCGAGUUGAAUGGCUAGGCAUAGGAGUCUAUGGCAGCAGAAAUGCUGCGCCUAGUGUGGAAGCUGACGAGUUGUCCCAAGCCCUCCUAAAAGCUCUUGGCAACGAUCAUGAAGCUACACGCAUGAGGGAGAAGGCUAAGGAAUUAGCCAUGAUAAGCGCCAGACCAGGAGGUCGCAGAAAAGCCUGCGAAGAGAUUAUCGGUAUCCUUUUGAGUUCCUCAGAGGCUGUGUGAAGAUAGUCGGAUGCGCAUAGCUGAGUUUUUGUGUUAAGUUGAAGAUAUCAAAUAUGCUUGGGACAGAGUGUUCCUUCUUUAUUCAUUUGAUCACUUCUGCGUCCAUUCUCUCAAAAUUCCGGAAUGCAUUAUCAAUC